AUGGGGGAGCUGAUUAGCACGAUGCCGCAUAUAUGCCAUGAUGUGAGCUUCCCAUCUGUGGCUGGAGGGAAAAAAUCGCCGCAGUCCAGCGUCAUCUGCAUGAAGGCGCCGAGCGAGUCUCCAGGGGCCAAGCGAGGAGUCUGGUCGUCGGAAGUUGCCAGAUGGAAUCUGCUGCGAAACAUUAUGCUGCUGCUGCCAAUAUUGUUGUUGUUGCUGCAUGCUGGACUGCAUGCACCAUUGUUGCUGCAUGGCAAGCAUGUUGCCCCCGGUCAACCAGCUGAGCUCAAUUUAUUUGAGUUUAAAAUUGGUUUUAUUUAUAUUUUCAGGUACCCCCGCCAGAAGGACGGAAGCACCGAGCCUCAGGAAUCUUUGCCGGUGGGGAAUGGGAGCUGCUUGUCCCAGUUAUUUGCAGUCGCAGGCUGCGCGCAACUUUUGAAUUUGAGUUGGGCCAGCGUUUCUGGAGGCUGCCAACCCGCCCAUGGGUCUCAUUGCCAGCCUUCAAAUGGUCCAAAUCGCAGUGGAUUCCCGCGCCGCCGUCUAAUUCCAAGGUCCAGGGAGUUGCUGCAUUUCAGCUGGAGUUCUUCAGUGCGUAGUGGAUUCCCGCGUCGCCGUCUUAUUCCAGGGUCCAGGGAGUUGCUUCACUUCGGUUGGAGUUCAUCGUGUGUCGGCGAGAGCGUCGUCAUUGCUUUGGAGUCACCAGGGUCGUCGCUUCUGUGGGUCGUCUCGCCAGGGAAAGGAGGCAUCUUGUGGACGCCGGGCCAAGAUGCUUUGCUUAGGGCCGACGCUCGUCCAAUUCGUCCAGGAUUUUUCAUUUUUGUCCGGUGGGAUUUGGGAAGGAAUGCAUUGCCUUGGAUUUAUAAAGAGCAUCGUCGGAGGGAUAUUGUCAGUAUGUCGUUGCUACCAAGAAAAGGUGGAAUUUAAGGGUCAAGAUUUUGACCUUUUGUCGGGUCAACAGCGCCGCACUUGGAAUUCGUAAGGACGAGAGGGCUUCCCAACUUGGAAACGGCAUCAAAACAUUUUAGGUUUUUAAUGUUUUAGGUGCCGAAAUCGUCGUUUUUCAUUUCGCCGAGUCGGGAAAUGGGAUUUUGUUUGUAUGCCGUUGCUGCCAGAAAAAAGUCGAUUUCAAGGGUCGCGAAAUUGACCUUUUGCCGGGUCAGCAGCGGCGCACCUAGGGUUAAGAAGGACGAGGGUGCACCCCAACAUGGAGACGGCAUCCAAACAUUAUAGGAUUUUUAUGUUUUAGGUGACAAAAGCUUCGUUUUUCGUUGCGCCUAGCAGGGAAGUAGUAGGUUGCGUAGUUUUAUGCUUUUAUUAAUAUGUUUUUCUUUUUCAGGGAUAUUGUCAGUGUUAUCGUUGCUACCAGAAAAAGUCGAAAUUCAAGGGUCACGAUUUUGACCUUUUGCCGGGUCGGCAGCGCCGCACCAAGGGUCAAUAAAAUCGAGGGGGCUUCCUGGAAUAGGGACGGCAUCAAAACAUUGUGGAUUUUUAUAUAUAUUAUUAUAUAUUGCUCUGUUUUAUGUUUUGAUUAAAGUAUUUCAAUCUUUAACGGA